AUGCACAGCCCAGUCCCUGACAUCGUAGCAGGGUAUCCAAGCGGAUGUGUUGCUGAUAAAGAUGCCAAUCCGGAGACCACCUUAGGGAGUGCCUACUCUCCCGUGGACUACAUGAGCAUCACCAGCUUUCCCAGGCUGCCAGAGGAUGAUAUGCUGUCUGGGGAAAACACGCUAAAAUCAAGAAAAGAUGAUGACAACGUCCUGAGUGAGCAAGAUACAGACCCAGAUCUGUUUCUGAAGUCAGCUCGCCUCCAGCGUCUUCCCUCCUCAGCUUCUGACCUGGUUAGCCAUGAUAUCGCUUCCCUGCGGGAGACAAGCAGAGACCCCUUUACAGAAGAGUGUGCCUGCCAGCGAGAUGGCUUGACAGUCAUCAUCACAGCCUGUCUCACUUUUGCUACUGGAGUAACUGUAGCUCUCAUCAUGCAGAUCUAUUUCGGAGACCCACAGAUCUUUAAUCAAGGCGCAGUGGUGACAGAUGUGGCCCAGUGUACAUCUCUUGGCUUUGACAUUCUGGGGAAACAGGGGUCCAGUGUUGAUGCUGCCAUCACUGCUGCCCUCUGUUUGGGAAUUGUUCACCCACACACUUCUGGUAUUGGAGGUGGUGGAGUUAUGUUGGUGCACGACAUCCGUAAAAAUGAGACAAGGGUCAUCGACUUCAGAGAGACGGCACCGUCUGCCAUCCAUGAGGAGAUGCUGCAGACAAACCUUGAUCAAAAUCCCGGCCUGUUGGUAGGAGUACCAGGCAUGCUCAGUGGGAUGUAUCAGGCACACCAGCUCUAUGGCAGAAUGCCAUGGAAGGAUGUGGUUACCAUGGCAGCAGAUGUGGCCAGGAAUGGAUUUAAUGUGACUCAUGACCUAGCUGAAGCUCUGGCAAAAGUUAAGGACCAAAACAUGUCAGGUGCAUUUCGGGACCUAUUCCUCCCCAACGGCCAGGCUCCCCUCGCUGGACUACUCACCAGGCGUCUCGAUAUGGCAGCCAUCUUGGAUGCUGUCUCAGUUAAAGGGAUAUCCGAGUUCUACAGCGGAAACCUGACGCAGGAAAUGGCAGCAGCAGUGCAAGCAAGAGGUGGAGUGCUCACGGAGGAUGACUUUGGGAACUACAGCACAGUCUUACAACAACCAGCAGAGAUCACCUAUCAAGGACACCAUGUGAUGGCGGCCCCAGCCCCACAUGCAGGUGUUGCCUUGCUCACUGCGCUUAACAUCUUGGAAGGCUACAACAUUACCAGCCAGGUGCCGAGGAGCAGCACCUACCACUGGAUUGCAGAGGCUGUGAAGAUAGCUCUUGCCCUGGCUAGUUGGCUUGGAGACCCCAUGUAUGACACUUCUGUUGCAGAGACUGUUGCCAAGAUGCUGAAUAAAUCACAGGCUUCCGUGCUCCGCCAGAUGAUCAACGACUCUCAGACCUUCCCUGUCAGCCAUUAUACUCCAUCAUUUACCUUGGAGAAGGGUUCAGCAGCUGCCCAAGUCAUGGUCAUGGGCCCAGAUGACUACAUUGUUUCAGUCAUGAGCUCUCUGAACAAACCAUUCGGCAGCGGGAUCGUGACUCCCUCAGGAAUCCUCUUGAAUAGCCAAAUCCUGGACUUCUCCUGGGCUAAUAAAUCUCAGAGCUCAUCACCAAACCCACAUAACACUCUCCAGCCUGGGAAGAGGCCCAUGUCCUUCCUGAUGCCCACAGCAGUGAGACCUGCCAUUGGGUUUUGUGGCACAUACGUAGCCGUUGGAUCUUCCAAUGGAGAGAAAGCUCUCAGCGGCAUCACACAGGUGCUGAUGAAUGUUUUGUCAUCGCGUAAAAAUAUGAGUGACAGCUUAGCUUAUGGAAGACUGCACCCACAACUGCAGCCCGAUCUCCUCCUGGUGGACUCUGAGUUUCUAGAUGAAGACGUGGAGCUGCUGCAGGCCAAAGGGCACAAGGUGGAGAGGAAAGAGGUGCUCUCAUUGGUGGAGGGCACCCGCAGAACCAAUGACCUCAUCAUCGGUGUGAAGGAUCCCCGUAGUGCUGAUGCCUCUGCCCUCACUAUGUCCAACAUGCCCUAGUGAACCCCUCAUCCCCCUGUACUCACACAAAAUGAAGAAGGGGUAAGAGUAACACUUAAGUGACAGCUAGUAUGGGAGUAAGGAGGCUUUUCAUCAAUUUAAACACUUGAUAUAAGUUCAUGUCAACGUGUAGUUGCUUAACAGAAGAAAACCCUGAACAAAAAGACAUGCAGCUAGUUUUUGGCUUGUGAGACCAAACAAAGCACUCUUGAGCAUAGGAACAGCAAUUCUGAUGGAAGUGAAUGAACAAAAUGAUUUGGUGCAAGAAUGUACAGACAAAGUAUGAUAAUGCCACCAUUAACUGCACAUGCCUGGUCUUCAGUUCUUCCGCUUCAUUUCACCAUUUGUUCAAAUAACACAUGGAAUCACAUGGAACGGGGAAGGUAAAGUUAUUUAAACCUCUUAUUAAGCCUCACAUUUACACACCUGAAUUAGUCUAUUAACUGGACACAGAGGCUGAACCAUUUACUCUGCUGCUCUUUAUGUGGUGUUUAACUGUGAUUAGAUGUUGUUUGGUACAGCUGCUGGAGUUUUAACUGUUGUGAACAAUCCAUGGCUCCUUGGGACCAUGUUAAGACUAACACAUUAACACAGAGUACAUCAUAAAGAACUUAGGUAAGACCUUCACAUCUCAAAUUACUUCUUUAAAUAUGACGAUUGCUUCAGAUUCACAGGGGUUAAAUAUCACUAAUGACAGAGUAAGUGGAUUUAAAUACUUAAUUUAAUUUGUAUUUGUUGCAUGACUUGGUUUUUUAUUUAAAGCUUGUGGCUGACUUUUAUUUUAUUUAACUGCAGGGAUACUCGUUUUUAGAAUGGGAAUGAUCUAAUUCUUUAGACAUGGUUUAAAUGGAAUCUGUCUAUUUUUAUAUGAACAUUUGUUGGGCUGUAUACAUUAUUAUUAACACAGGACAUAUGAUCAGCACAUUUUAGCACUGGUUGUUAUUUUUUUCUGUCCAUAUACUUGUGUAAUGAUUUUAGGUUGUAAACAGUUCUGUACAGCAUUGCAUUUUAAUCAUCUAUUUAAUUUCAGAAUGACCCAUGCUGACUGAUCAAACGUGUCCUUAACCUUAAUGUCUCCCGUUUUGGGCACUAGUGCAAUAUGACUGUUGAUGCUUGUUUCCUGUACUAUAGAGUAUCAUGCCUUAAGGUACACAUUUGCACAAAACCUGAUGUUUGAUUUCAUGUGCAUUUGUAUGUGAUUUGAAUAAAAAUCAGCACCGUCCAAACCCAAGAAUUAAAGUGUUUGCACUCGUCUCUGAAUAA